GGCAGGGAGAAGAAGGAGGAGGAGGGGCGCGCGCUGGAGAUCUGCUUCCUUUGCUUAGCUAUAAGCAGACUGGCGCGCGCAGUGGCAGCAGUAGCAGCAUGGCGGGAGACCAGGAGGCCGAAAGUCCGGAGCAGCCGCAGGAGCAGUACGACGCCCGGCAGCCCUUCCUGAUCGGGGUCGCUGGCGGCACGGCUAGCGGAAAGUCAUCGGUCUGUGGGAAGAUCAUGGAGCUCCUUGGCCAGAACAAGAUCGACCAUCACCAAAGGCAGGUUGCAAUCCUCAGUCAGGACAGCUUCUACAAGGUGCUGACCUCAGAACAGAAGGCCAAAGCUCUUAAAGGACAGUUCAAUUUUGACCACCCAGAUGCUUUUGAUAAUGAGUUGAUCGUGAAGACUCUGUGGGAGAUCAUGGAGGGAAGAACGGUUCAUAUCCCAGUGUAUGAUUUUGUUACACAUUCAAGGAAAGAAGAAACGAUUACUGUGUACCCAGCUGACGUGGUGCUGUUUGAGGGCAUUCUAAUGUUCUACUCACAAGAGAUCCGGGACCUGUUUCAGAUGAAGCUGUUUGUGGACACAGACGCAGAUACACGACUCUCACGCAGAGUCUUGAGAGAUAUCAGUGAGCGAGGGCGGGACCUGGAGCAAGUUCUUAACCAGUAUAUCACAUUUGUGAAGCCUGCCUUUGAAGAGUUCUGCCUGCCAACAAAGAAGUAUGCAGACGUGAUCAUCCCAAGGGGAGCUGAUAAUCUUGUUGCCAUAAAUCUGAUUGUGCAGCACAUUCAGGACAUUCUGAACGGCGGUCUGACCAAACGGCUGAACGGAUGUAUCAAUGGCCACAGUGCUCCACGGAAACGGCAGCCGUCAGAGUCCAGCAGCAGGCCACACUGAUAACCUGCCCCACACCUCCGGUAGAGAACGAGGGAAUGAGCACGAGACAGCAGUAAAGGACUGCUGAAGAAGAGGACAGUAGGCUGACAUGUAGAUACUUGCAAUUAGCAAACACUGUAUUUAAAACAGUUAAGAAAUUCAAGAAAUGCCUUUUAUGAUUCUAUGAUUUUUACUGUUCUGCAUCCUUUUUUAUUGUCUGCUGUACUUGAUUUUGUGGGAUAAUUGCUCCUUGUCAAACCUUUUUUGUCUUAUUUAUUUAUAAUUUUUUUAUUUUUAACUCCAUCCCCCUUAUUUUGAGACAGAUAAUAUGUAAGUGAUUUGACGGUUUUGCCAAAUGGACCUAGCUGGUAAAGUUUACAAUGACUUGAAUAGUGGUCAAUUUGAAGAUAUGUAAAGCAGAAAUCAAAAAUACAAAGUAAAUGUCAAGGAUUUUUAAUAAUUUAUUUAAAAUUUAAGUUAUUUUACAGCCCUUAUGUGUGUGUGUGUCAGAAUAGUAUGACAAAAUUGUUUCUAUACAAACCUGCCAUGUUUAGCAGCUUCACUAACAAAAAAAGGAACUUAUAUUAUUUUUAUAAUUACAAUUCCUUGUUUUGCUGCACGGUGUGUGUUGGUUAUCCUCUAGUUCUUCUUCAGUGGCCACAGGACACUGUUGGCUGUAUUGUUUGGUGGACUGUUCUCAGUCCAGCAGUGACAUAGGGGUGUUUAAAGCUCCAGCAGCACUGCUGUGUCUAAUGCACUUGUAUCAGCACAGCACACACUAACACUUGUCUUUGGAGGUCCUGGGGGGCUCUGACCAUUGACAAAUUAGGGUGAAAGAUAAAGUAAAUGCAGAGAAACAGAUACAGGACUAAAGGUCUGUAAUCAUAGAAGUUGCUCCUAUUUUCUUAGUGGAGCUAAUAAACUGGACAAGUGAGUAUAGAAACAAGACAGUGGUCAUAGUAUUAUGAUAUGACUGUAUGUGUAUACACAAAUAUAAGAUUUACAUCCAUCCUCCAAAACAUUUUGUCAGCACUUAAGUCUUUCUUUUUGCUUUUAGCAACUAAUAGAACAGCAAGUGCAAUCUGAUUGUCGCUCCAAAGGAAAGAUAACUUGAUGCUACAUUUCAGCAAAUGUCCAUUUUCUCUACAAGUCAGGGCUCAACAACAGUACUGUAAAAACAAAGCGGCAGGUGAUUUAAACUGUAGCUCUGCUGUGUUAAUGUGACUGACACUCAAAGCCAGGAAAGAAUUUGGAGAUCCUCCACUCCUAUGCAGCAUGUGAAAAGGCAGGUUUCUUUAACACAGAUUAUUAAAUAAGUCCAAUAACUUCUGUCAGAAUACUGUACUGUACUGUAUUAGGCAGUGUGCCCUUUUCAUUUUCAACAGGCAUAUAAACAUUAUUUACUUGAAAGGAGUAAUAAUUUUUUAAGUAUUUAGGUCAUGGUGCUGCAUGUUUUGAGGACUACUGGUAUCCGAAUGGUUUGCCUGCAUGUCUUUAGCAGUUCAAUGGCCGUCUUUAUUUUGGUUCAAUGCUUUUUUUUUUUAACACUACACACUUUGAGUUUUUUGUGAUACCAUUUCCAAUCCGUAUAUAUCUGUUUUUCCAAUGUGAUAAAAAAGAAAAUCACCAAAGAAUCAAUUUGGUUUUAAUAUGAUUUUUUUUGCCGGUUGAAUGGCACACAAGGUUCACUGUUCCUUCUCUCUCACUCAGGAUCCCAGUGCUCACUCCCAUCUUCCAAAAUAUUUGACUUAAGUUGCGUCAGUAUUGAUUUUCACAACACAGGGUAAAAUAAAGAAAAGGGAACCUAUAGUCAUAAAUAACCAUAACUUAUUUGAUUAUUAUUUUGAUCAAAAUAAGACAACCCUCAGGAAAUCACCAGUAUGACCAAUUCUUGUAUUCUUGUGUUGUCUUUUCUGGUUGGGCAAAUCCAUUUCCCUUUUCACUGCUGCUACAAAACAGGGUAUUUCAUUAAAAAAAAUCUACCAGUGUAAUGUUUAUUAGAUGUAAUUGUAUACUCAUAACUCAUAAUUGUGUUGUUUUCUGAGGGGCCAGAAUCCAAUUUAGAAAAAAGUGCCCUGCUAUUAGGGCCGAAUAGACAAAUGUUACUUUGUCACUUGGUCACUUAAAGAUUACUCUAGACUAAGGUUUUCGGGCUGUUCUAAGUAGACACUAAGGACAGUUGUGUAAAUAAUUGCAUUUGCCCUUUGGGACUGCUUAUGUUUUAUGUACAGUAUUUAAUGUCUGUGUAUGGGUCUGUGUGUUGUGAUAUUAUUAUUAUCAUUACCAACUGCCUAUUUCCUGACUAGCCUGCCUCGGGCAUGUACUGCUUGUAUACAUCUACACUUACUCAUGCCAGACAUGCACACCUUAAUCAGGUAUACCCAUGGUUUGGUUUCUAAAAACACCGGCUUUUGGGGAAAAAUGCAAAAUGCCUUACAGCAACUGCUACUGACCACUUACCUUCAUGACCACAGCAAUAGUAGUUAACACCCAUCGUUGUAACUGUUACUGCCACAGAACCAUGGUGGGACUCUCUCUCACACUCUACACAUGAUGCAAAAUUACAGAAACACUUGAUUUCACUGUAAAGUAUGAGUUUCAGUAUGAAGGUUACUGUUUUUGUGAAUCAGUUAUUGUGCAAUGCAUUGAUCAUGGACUUAAAUGCAAAUUUUGUAUUGAUUUUUUUGUUCUUAGAUUAUGUAACACUGUAUAAAUAUGUGUAUAUUCCCAAAUUGGAAAUUUGAUGCUUUUGUAAAAAAAUUCACCAAUAUUGCAUUAUAACAGGUAUAUUUCCCCCAAUAUUAUACUGAAUAAUAAGUGAUGCCUUUAGGCCAUGACCCUUGUAGUGAAAGCUGAGACAUUUGUGAUACAUGUAAAUGUAUUUAUGCAGAUCAGAUUCCAGUUGUUUUUGAAUAUGUGGUCCACAAGUAUGGUUGUUGGAACCAGUAGAUCUGCAAUCAGCCAGCUUGCAAGCAGCAAAGAAACUGCAUUUAAAUAAUCAGUAGGCUACUGCUUCCAAAACAUUGAGUUUAAAAGUUGGUCAAGUAUUCGUUCCUCAUUGUAAGCAUCUCAACGAUUCACUAUAUAUCGUAAUGUAAAUGUGUAAACGACUUAUAAAUUGUAUUAAAAGUUAUGAAAUGGAAAUAAUUGAAAGAUUAACAAAAUAAAUUUUGUACCUUG